AUGGAAGACAAAGAUGUGUCACAAUCAUCGCCUUCAUAUAGUGAAUGUGUAGCAACACAACCCAUUACUAUACAACCAGUUCCAGGUGCGUACGUUAUUCAAUAUUCAAGUGCUCCGCCACGUGGUAUCAAUUGUCUCCAGUAUAUCCAAAAGAUAAUAAUAGAUAAAGAAGUUAGUAUGACUGAAAUUUUCUUGAACUUCAAAAAGGAGGAUUGUUUUGCAAUUAAAGACGAACUCGGUCGGAAGCUUAUAUCAUUUAAAGAAGAAUCUUCUUCUUUACAACGAUGUUGUCUAGGUGGAUUCAGAGAUUUUGUCUGUAAAGGUUUUGAUUUAUAUGGGGAAGAAAUUAUUAAUUAUGAACGAGUUCUGAAUUGGAAAUCUUGUUGUGAUGCUGAAAACAUUAUAGAAGUUUUUUCACCACCUGGGAACUCUGUAGGUAAAGUUACUUACGACAAAAUAAACAGAAAAUUUGUUAUAUGGGAUAUAACAGGACUAGAAAUUUUCAAUAUUCAGUGUACUUUCAAGUGUUGUGGAAAGAACACAUACGUCAUAUUAUAUGGUGAAGAGCCAAUAUCGGAUAUAAAUGCAAGCAAAUACAUUUUUGAAUUUUCUGUACCCAGAGAUUUACAGCCGAUACAAAAAGCUUUAAUCAUUGGUGGAGUUCUUCUUCUAAAAAGUAUGUUCUAUGAUCAAGCACGAUAAGCAUGUUCCAUUAAAAAAGUAAAAAUUCUUAAAACGAAGAAACUUAAUAAAAUUUGUUGUGAAACCAUGUUUUAUUAAUACGCCCAGAAACUUGAAACAACGUAAUGUUAAUUUGGAAACUUUAGGAAACGCAAAAGGAACAGUCUUAUCAAGCCGGGACGAAAAAUUCCGGCGUCACUAAGCACAUAAAAUUACUGGAGGCGCAACGCGUCGCAGAGUAGACUGUGAAAUGGCAAGUGCUUUCUUGGGUCAAAGAGGAUUACUAUUGAUAGAGAGUGCAAGUUGCCGGAUUUUAGAGGAUCUUGAAACAAAAUGCGCCUCGUACACGUGGUUAAUUCGCCACGCUCCCACGACGGAUCAAACAGUGUUACUGUAACAUAUACCGGUGUUUUGAUCAUGUUUCGUUUGACUGCGUGAUGUUUAUGAUUAAUUCACAUUUUCUGACAGCUAUUCUCAAAUCUGUAUUGAUUUUUUAAUG